UCAGCGCCCCCUCCCCCUCUUCUCUCUCUCUCUCUCUCCAUCUCACACCGCAACAACUCUCUUUUUCAACAGUUUCUCUUUCCUCAUCAAUGCUCUCUCGGAGCUCGGCUUCUCCUCCUCCUUCUCUACUCACCUCCGCUUCUAGAAUUUUCUCUCCUCGUUCUUCUCAAUUACAGAUUUUGAUUUUGGGUUAAGGAAUUAGGCGGUGGCGGUAUGACGAUGAGUGAGCGAAAGACCAUCGAUUUAGAGCAGGGAUGGGAAUUCAUGCAGAAGGGGAUUACAAAGCUGAAGAACAUUCUAGAAGGGCUGCCCGAGCCACAGUUCAGCUCCGAGGACUACAUGAUGCUCUACACAACCAUCUAUAACAUGUGUACUCAGAAGCCUCCUCAUGAUUACUCCCAACAGCUUUAUGACAAGUACCGGGAGUCAUUUGAAGAAUACAUAACUUCGACGGUGUUGCCAUCUAUAAAGGAGAAGCAUGAUGAAUUUAUGUUGAGAGAGCUUGUGAAAAGGUGGGCAAACCACAAAGUUAUGGUGAGAUGGCUUUCUCGUUUCUUCCAUUAUCUUGAUCGAUAUUUUAUCGCUCGGAGGUCACUUCCUCCCCUCAAUGAAGUUGGACUCACUUGCUUCCGUGAUCAGGUGUACCAGGAGUUAAAUGGGAAAGUAAGAGAUGCUGUAAUUUCUCUGAUUGAUCAAGAACGUGAGGGAGAGCAGAUUGACCGAGCUCUAUUGAAGAAUGUUUUAGAUAUAUUUGUCGAGAUUGGAAUGGGGCAAAUGGAUCAGUAUGAAAAUGACUUUGAAGCAGCGAUGCUUAAAGACACUGCUGCAUAUUAUUCUCGGAAAGCUAAUAGCUGGAUUUCAGAAGAUUCUUGUCCAGAUUAUAUGCUGAAAGCAGAGGAGUGCUUGAAACGGGAGAAAGACAGGGUUUCUCAUUACUUGCAUUCUAGUAGUGAGCCAAAGCUACUGGAGAAAGUUCAACAUGAGUUGUUGUCUGUGUAUGCAACCCAACUACUUGAAAAAGAUAACUCUGGAUGCCAUGCAUUGCUUAGAGAUGACAAGGUGGAAGAUUUGUCAAGAAUGUUCAGGCUCUUUUCUAAAAUACCUCGAGGUUUAGAUCCUGUUUCCAGCAUAUUUAAGCAGCAUGUUACUGCUGAAGGAACGGCCUUGGUCAAACUAGCAGAAGAUGCAGCAAGCAACAAGAAGGCAGAGAAGAAGGAUGUGGUUGGUUUGCAGGAACAGGUUUUUGUUAGAAAAGUGAUUGAGCUGCAUGACAAAUACCUAGCAUAUGUGAAUGAUUGUUUCCAAAACCAUACUCUUUUUCACAAGGCACUCAAGGAGGCUUUUGAGGUCUUCUGCAACAAGGGUGUUGCUGGAAGCUCAAGUGCAGAACUACUUGCUACUUUUUGUGAUAACAUUCUUAAGAAAGGCGGAAGCGAGAAACUGAGCGAUGAAGCCAUUGAAGAAACACUUGAAAAGGUAGUAAAGUUGCUUGCUUAUAUUAGCGACAAAGAUCUGUUCGCAGAAUUUUACAGAAAGAAGCUUGCUCGACGGCUUCUUUUUGAUAAGAGUGCAAAUGAUGACCAUGAGAGGAGUAUUUUGACAAAGCUUAAGCAGCAAUGUGGUGGUCAGUUCACCUCAAAGAUGGAGGGAAUGGUUACAGAUUUAACAUUGGCUAGGGAAAAUCAGACCAGCUUUGAGGACUAUCUAAACAAUAAUCCACACACAAAUCCAGGGAUUGACUUGACUGUUACUGUUUUGACUACUGGCUUCUGGCCAAGUUACAAGUCUUUUGACCUCAACCUUCCACCCGAGAUGGUAAAGUGUGUUGAAGUUUUCCGCGAAUUUUAUCAAACAAAAACAAAGCACAGAAAACUUACAUGGAUAUACUCCUUGGGUACUUGUAACAUCAGUGGGAAAUUUGAACCCAAAACUAUGGAACUGAUUGUGACCACUGUUCAGGCUUCGGCGCUCUUACUUUUCAAUUCCUCAGAUAGGUUGAGUUAUUCAGACAUCAUGACUGAAUUGAACUUGACCGAUGAUGACGUUGUGAGACUGCUCCACUCCUUGUCAUGUGCCAAGUAUAAGAUUCUGAACAAGGAGCCGAACACAAAAACAAUAUCUCCUACUGAUUACUUCGAGUUCAACUCAAAGUUCACCGACAAAAUGAGGAGGAUCAAGAUUCCUCUGCCUCCUGUUGACGAGAAGAAGAAAGUAAUAGAAGAUGUUGACAAGGAUAGACGGUAUGCUAUUGAUGCCUCAAUUGUGCGCAUCAUGAAGAGCCGUAAAGUUUUAGGUCACCAGCAGUUGGUCAUGGAAUGUGUUGAGCAGUUGGGUCGCAUGUUCAAGCCUGAUUUCAAGGCAAUAAAGAAGCGCAUCGAAGAUCUGAUCACUCGAGACUAUCUGGAAAGAGACAAAGAUAACCCCAAUUUGUUCAGAUAUUUGGCAUGAUGACCCACUCCCACUCGAUUAUCACCCAAUGGAUUGAUGCUAAUGCCGCUGCAAAUAGCAAAGACAAGUUCUUGGUGGAAACGUAAAUGCCACUAUUGUGAGGUGUCCCUUUUGGCGAUUGCUUAGAGGCAGCAACUAAGAAUGCUUGUACAUUUUGCCUUGGAAGCCAGGCAUGGCAUGGACAACUACUGUAGAUUGUGCGCGCAUGUUGGAGAAAUUGUAAUUUGAUUCCAUAAAGUGGUCCAGUGCACCGGUUGGAUCCCGUCCUGUAACUUUUGUGUUGUAAUUCACUGCACUACCCGUCCCAUGACGUUAGAUCAAGCUUGUUUUUAAA